CCAAGACAAUGAAUAUUAGUAUAUGUAUCCGAACGUCCAUCAAACAUAUGUGUUAGGAACGUCAUUGACGUCUAUGUGUAUGAUAAAAAUGGUGCCCGUUUACCAGCUGGCAUCAAGUCUUUAUUGCUAAAGAAUUGACAUUGUGAUGAUAAAAAUUGUGAAGCAUGGCGUCGUCAGUUCUUGAUUUAGUUAAACAUUACCAGCACGCAAUAGAGAAACAUCCGAACGACGAGAAUAAAGUGUUAAGAUGUAUAGACAAGCUGUUCAACUUGGCUGUGACAGUCCAGCACCUGCAGGAGACAGGGGUGGGCCGCACUGUGAAUGCGUUGCGCAAGGAGCCCGGAGAGGUGGGCCAGGCGGCCCGCUCCCUUGUAUACAAAUGGAAGCUGAUGGUGGCCGCUGAGGAGAGUGACACGGAAACAGACACAAACAAUGACAGUUCUACUCAGAAUGGACAUGGUAGUGAAAAAGAUUCCGAUGAUAAUGCUCAUUCAAGGCAUAGGUCUGAUAAAUAUGAGCAAUCCAAUUCAACCUCGAAAUCAAAACACCACAGGGAAACUAAUGGGAAUUAUAGUGGAAGCAAACGGAAAUACCACAGCAGUGAGGAUGAAGAACCCACAGUAAAACGGUCAAAACAAUCUAGUUCUAGUGAGGAUGAUUAUAAAGAAAAGUCACAUGUUAAAGUGAAAACUGAGACUGAAAGUGACAGUCGUGAUGAUAGUGAUGCGUCACAGAGUGACGAAAGUGAGUCCGACAUGUCCGAUUCGUCCCAUGAAGAGGUUAAAAUCAAACAAGAAAUAAAGGUCGAAUCCAGUAGUCAUAAGACUUCCAAACAUUCUUCCCACAAUGAGUAUAUUGAUCAUAAGUCGUCUAGUUCACACAGAAGUUAUGAAGAGAAGUACUCUAAGCAUCAUAGCUCACAAUCGAAAGAUAAACAUUCUUCUGAGAAGACAUCAUCAAAAGACAAGAGUCACAGUCACGAUAAACACAAGGGCUCAAAAGAAAAAGAAACAUAUUCUGAAAAGAAAAUCAAACAAGAAGGAGAUAAAACUCACAAGGAGUCAAAAUCAUUGAGCAAACAUAGUUCAGAUAAACAUAGCAGUACAGAAAAGCACAGUAGUGCAGAUAAACACAGUAGUUCAGACAAACACAAUAGUUUGGAUAAACACAGUAGUUCAGACAAACAUAGUAGAUCAGAAAAACACAGUUCUGACAAACAUAACAAUGUAAAUAAACACAGUAGCUCCGACAAACAGAAGUCAAGUAGCUCUCACAAACCAGAGAGUGGGUCUGAGAAAAACAAAAGCUCGGAUAAGCAUAGUAAAUCAGACAAACACAAGAGCUCAAGUCAUUCACAUAGCUCGGAGAAAGAGAAACAUAAAACUUCAUCUGACAAAGAUGUUGAAAAGUCAAAACACAAGGUUAAAGAAAGUUCUAGUAAUAGUAGUAGUUCUAAGGAAAAGCAUAGUUCCUCAAGUAAGGAAAAGUCAAAAGAUAGAAGUAGUUCUUCUAAGGAGAAAUCAAGUAGUCAUAGUAGUGAGAAGAAAAAUUCAUCGUCAAGUGAGAAUAAGUCGAAUGGUAGCAGUAAGAACCUUUCUGAAAAAAAUGAUGAGAAAGUAGACAAGAAGUCUAAGCACAGAUCCAGUUCCUCUUCACACAAGAGUAAGUCAAGCAGCAAUAAGAAUGAUGAAGUACCAAAGAAAAAAGUUCAAAUACAAACCACUGAGGAUAGUGAUGAUGGAAUUGACUGUGGCUCAGGUGCCAGUUUUGCAGAAGCUCUAGGAAUGAUUAGUCCCGCCAAACCUAAAAAGAGAACACUGAAAGACUCUGCUUCACCGAAUGAUUUAAGUCCAGCAAGCCUCUUAGCUCCUACUGCGAAACUAGCACCAUUACCAGCGCUCGAGAUCUCAGCACUACCAGAAAUAUCGCCUAACUACAAACCACGGCCGCCGCCUCGACCACUGCCACAUUUCAACGAUGAGGAUGCCAUGAAUCAUGUUAUAUCAUCUAAAAACCAAAGAACAAAAGUAUAUUCGGGCAACAAAGUCAUAGGAAAAAUACCCACUCUCUACGAAAUGUGUGUUAAUGUUCUACAGGAACAUAUUGAUGCACUUGAAUAUACGGGUGGUGUGCCAUACGAAAUCCUGAAGCCCGUUGUAGACAAGGCGACUCCACAACAGCUGUUUAUAUUGGAACAUUACAACCCCUACCUGAUGGAAGACACCGACCAUCUCUGGCAGAAGUUCUGUCAGAAAGAUUUCCGUAACAAACAGCGGCAAGAAAUGGAAGCCUGGAGAGAAAUGUAUUCGAGAUGUCAAGAAGAACAAGAAAUUAAAUUAAAAUCUCUAACGGCGAAUAUCAAAAUAGCUCAAGAAGCGAAGAAGGCGCCUAUUAAGCAAACGAAAAUGGCGUACGUCGAUUCUAUUGCAAAGCCGCCUCGCAACAUAGCCAAGAAACAGGCUCAGCAUGGCACAGCGCGGCUGGCGACUGGCAGUCCGGCUGCGCGGGUGGCGUCCCUGGCGGCCGCGCCCAACGUACGACGCGGGGACUCUGGCCCCGUGCGGGCUCUGGCACCCAUUCCCUCGUCUACACCUUCCUCCUUUAAACCCAAAAAAGCACCUCUCAUGGCAAAAGCCCUACAGAUCAUGCGUGGACGCAAGCGAUGAUAAUCUCCACCACAUCUCCGUCCCCUUUUAAUUUUAUAGUCCCGCCCCAGAAUAGAUAGCGAAUUUGUAUUGAGUUCCAAUUAAGUAGUCUCAUCAAAUGUUCCGAAAUCACGGUUAGUGUUUAGUGUUACGUCGCUAAAGUUAAUACAACUGUUUUCCCUCGCUCAUACGUGUCUGUAAAUAUAUUUAUAUAAAAACUAUGGAUUUAUCGUGAAGAAUGUUUUGUGUUUUAUUUUAAAUGCAGUAAAUGCUUCGAUAAGGUUAUAUCUUACUACUUAUGUUCUUGACAUUUCGUGGAUGCAAUUAUUGUGGUUUACUUUUUAUGUGCUUCAUUUCCAAAUUGUGUAGGUAUAGCUGUUGAUGUGAUUAGCAUGGAAACUAAAAUAGUAAUUCUAGAUUUUCUUUUGACAUAUCUUCAUGUAUUUUGUAUACGCAUUAAAGUUUUGAACAAGAAUCAUUAGAUUAUAAACUUUUGUAAAAAGACCGGAGUCUAUAAAGUAUUUACUCUCGUUUCAACAUCACUGUUAUACUACCUCGUAGCCAGAUGUGCUAAAGUAUUUAUGUCAUGGAAUUCCUUUCGUCACAUUUUGUUACGCUAACAUUUUAUAUUAGACCUCAAUUAUUUUUUAAAAAGGAAUUUAAACACUGUCAUGCGUUUAGUCAACCGAUUAAAUUUAUUUACUUGUUCCUGUAUAAAACCAAAAAUCUGACAGUGUACAAAAGAAAAUCGUGUAAAAUAUUUAGAACAAAACAAAUUUUGAGCUUAUCAAACAUUUGUAGAUUGUAAGUUAGUGUAUUUAGCCCUUAAUUAAUCGGCACUGUAAUAAUAUUGUAAAUGAAAUACACAAAUGUGUAUCUGUCGCAUUUGAUCGUGUCAUUAAAGUUUACACAAGAAUUCUUAAUAGUCAAUAAUGGGAUGUCGGAAAUGAACCAAAUUAUUUGGGUUGCUGUGAUAUGUUUGAAAUAUAACAUAAAAUUGUGAUGUAGUGUUUUUGUAAGACGCGAAAUGAGUGACUUGUCGAGAUGUAUCUUAGAUGUCUUAAGGUAUUUUAAGAAUGUUUUAGAAACAAACUUUUGUUUACACUUACUCUGACAAGAGUAUUGAAUAUAAUGUUUUAUGUGACCCUUGAAACCAAAUUUGUGAAGGAUGAAAUAAAACAACCAUUUGUUUCUUGUAUAUAAUGGUAAUGUAUUGUUAUGUAACAUCACAAAUAUCUCUUAGAUCAAUGUAUUAAAGUACACUUUAGGAGAAACAAGUAACUUCCAUAGAUUAACUACCGAAUGGAUUAUCGAUGUUGUAGUCAUAUUGAUUUGAGUAAUGUAGAAAAAAUAUAUUUGUAUAUGAGCACAUUAAGGUCACUUACAUAUUAUCGUGUAUGUAUUGAUAAAAUAAUACUUACCAAUAAAAAGUAAUCAGUCUCAACAAAAGACUAGUGGAUAUGUUAUCCAAUAAGUUCAUCUUAUUUUUGUCAUGUUUUAUUAAAAUCGCAAUUAUUUGACACAAUUAUGCCAUUAUUUAUACAGUGAAUUAUACUUAUGUGGUUUUUAUGCAGUCUUUAUUUUUAAUUCAAGGUACAAUGUAACUUGUUACUAAUGAACAAAAUAAUAUUACAUACUACAAUAUCAUAUCAAUAUAAAACAACCUCAAUAUUUCGAAAUUUCGAUUUCAACUGCUUUUCGUAAUCAGUGUUUAUAAUUCUAGGACAUUGAUACACAGCAAGAAAUUUAAGAUUCUUAUAAUAUUCAGAGAUCACGUCAACUAUCACAGGUGAAAUAUUAUCUAUUCUUGAUAGACUUAAGCUUUCCAGCUUAACUAAAUUCGGACUUGCUAAAGUUCUCCUCAGAUUCUCCUCACUAAAAACUGUAUUAUUCCAAAUUUGUAAGUGUCGUGUCUUUUUUAAAUCUGCCAGUUUGAUAAGUCCUUUAUCAGUGAGAUUUUCACAACGUAUUAUAGCAAGAUCUUUCAACAAAUUACAUCGCGACAACAAUAAUAAGCAUUCGUCGUCUACAGCGUCACCCCCGUAAAUAUGUAGGGCGUUAAGAAUCUUCAUCUUAUUAACUAUCAACUGCUUCACAUAGUCUAAAGUAAGGUUUUUAACUUUUUCUAUAAAAAUAUGGCUUAAAUAAUGGCACUGAAGUAAACUAUCGCGCGUUGCCGCUGGCAAGCCAAAGUCUGACAAAGCUAAAUAGUUUAGAUACUUAAAAUUACCGUAAGGAACUAAUACAUCGACGUUAUUCAUUAAAACUAAUGAAUUCUUAAGAUUAAUCUUUCUCAGGUCGGACCACUUAGUAAUAUCCUCUUCAAAUUCUUUAGCUAUACGACACAUUACAAGUUCCAGUGAUAUGAUAUUAGGACACUGUUCAAUGAUUGAUUUGAUUACGGGGUAACUGUACACAUACUGUAUUUUGAGACACCUUAUGCAUUCUCGGUGAGAUUUUAAGAUUUCCAAGGUUUUCUCUCUUACUUCCGUCUGUCCUGGUUUCCCGGAGAAAACAAAAAUAAUGCCCCGCCAAAGUGUGAGAUCUCGACAAAGUGUCUUCCAUCGGCUGCAAACGUUUUCACAUUCUAGUAUAGACUCUAACGGCAGGUAUUUAAAAAUAUUUAUCAUCAACUCGUCUGGUAGAAUAUCUAUUGCAUUUAGAGUUACUUCAUUUGAUGGGUCGGACAUUGCUGGAGAUCUAGAAAAGAUAUAAAAUUAAUGAUAA